AUGCCCGCAUCAACGGUUGAAACUCCAGCCGUUGCGCUGUCUUUCGCAAACAACUUUUGGGGCAAAGAAGAUGCUGGCGUGGCGCCGCUGCUGAGUCGCAUGACUGCGGCCAAGACUACAUGCGAUGAACUACGAGCAUUCUAUGGCGCUCGAGCGUCGAUUGAGGAGGAAUACUCCCGUAAAUUAUUGAACCUGAGUCGCAAAGCCUUAGGAUCGCAGGAGUCUGGCACAUUGAAGACAUCGUUGGAUACCGUCCGAGGCGAAGUCGAACAGAUGGCCAAGCAGCAUCAACUCAUUGGCGCAGAAAUGAAGUCAGAGCUUGAGGAACCACUCGCUGCCUUUGCUGGCGGAAUGAAGGAGCGACGAAAGAUUAUUCAGAACACCGUCGAAAAGCUAUUGAAGGUCAAGAUGCAACAGACACAACAAGUCAACAAGACACGAGACAAGUAUGAGCAAGAGUGUUUGAAGAUCAAGGGCUAUCUUGCUCAAGGCCACAUGGUAAUGGGCCAAGAAGAACGACGCAACAAAGCCAAACUCGAAAAGACACAGAUCAGCCUUGCAACUUCCAAUACAGAGUACGAAAAUGCAGUUAAAGCACUCGAAGACACGACAACAAGAUGGAACAGAGAGUGGAAGUCAGCCGCCGACAAAUUCCAAGAUUUGGAGGAAGAACGACUCGACUUCACCAAGAGUAGCCUGUGGACUUUUGCCAAUAUCGCCUCCACGGUUUGCGUUAGUGACGAUUCGUCCUGCGAGAAGAUCCGACUCUCAUUGGAGGUUAUGGAUGUGGAAAAGGACAUCAUCACUUUCAUUACAGAAAAGGGAACCGGACAGGAGAUCCCAGAUGCUCCCAAGUAUAUCAACUUCUGUCGUGGAGAUGUGACAGAUAACCAAUCUGAGACGUCAGAAGACGACAACUAUUCUGUCGCUCAAUUUCCUCGCAGCAUCAACCCUGCUUUCCGUUCGUCGUCUCCUCAACCUUCGACAUUCGAGUCGCAUCAUGAUCCAAAUUCUGCUCUGGCCAACGACCUGGCGCACAGAGAAGUCGCUUCAAGCAAACGUGAUCUUCCAAGCCAGAAGCCAGCAACGCUGCCCCCUGACGAGAUACUCCAAAUUGGCACUCAAAAGCCUCAACCUCAGCAGAUCCAGGCCCCUCCUCAACCGCGUCAACAGCAGAUACCACGCCCUUCUCAGAUGCAGCACCCCGCUCAGCUGCAAUAUGCCCCCCAGCAACAUCAGCAUCCCUCCCAGUUGCAGCACCACUCUCAGCUUCAGCACCCAUCGCAGCUGCAGCAUCACCCUCAGCAGCAGUACUCCCCUCAGCGUCAGCAACCAUCCCAGCAGGUCGCUCACCAUGCAGGACAUCACAUGCAACAGCAAAUGAGGCCCCUGGAAAUGAGACCCGCAGAUGGCAGAUCUGGAGAUAUGAGGCACUCGAACAUGCGACAUCCAGAUAUGCGACAGCACGAUCCAAGACCGUCUUUGGAGAUGCGCCACUCUGGGGAAGUUCGGCCUUCCAUGCAGUCUCGACCCAGUGCCGAUGCAAGGCAAUCAAUGGAUGCAAGAACAUCUCUGGAAGUAAGGCGACCAAUGGAGGAUCCGUAUCGCCGCCAACAACCUGCAGGUCAUGCAUCGUAUGAUGCCAACCAGCAUGGUGCUGUUGCAGCCGUGCCACACGACCCUUACCCCCUGGAUGGCAUGACGAUGCUAUGCAGGACUGGGCCCAGCCCCAUCUCGGACCAGAGUUCGCAGGUGACAUCUGCUCGGCCUUCGAGCAGAGACUCCCAUAGUGAUUAUUCAAACCCCAACUCGUUCUCUAGUGUGGAACCACCGAGCGGCAAAACUUCACCCGUCAAGCAGGAUCCUAUAAAACCGAACCCAGUGCCAACUCAACCGCCAGCACCAGUGUCGGCACCUGCGCCGGCACCUGCCCCUGCUCCGGCUCCAGUCACUGCUCCGGCUCCGGCGCCUGCACCAGCUGUCAGCAAUGGUCCAAGCCCAGUCAAAUUAGUUGCUAAGAAGAAGAGCGGUGGUUUCUUAAAGAACCACAGUCCAUUCAGACGUAAGAGCAACAAAGAUCUUCAGUCAUCAAACAGGAACACAUGGCACGCACCGAGCACUCAAACCUCGGGUAGUCCCGUUCGCCGACCACAGUUGCAAACACAAGAGUCCAGCAAUGUUGUCACCAAAGAACGUACUCAGAGUCCCGAGCCCAUCGAUGCCAAUGCCAGUCUGGCUCUGGGAGUGGGACAGAAUGUCUUCCCUGUAUCUACCCCUGACACAAAGAAGAAACCAGGAGCUGCCACUGAACAGACACCCGAGGAAACAGACCCAAUCGCUCUGGCCCUUGCGGAGCUGAAAGGUGUCACGUUAGGCAAGCAGUCAUCAAUGAGAAUGUCCGCUGAUCACUAUUCCGGGCUUGCCACUCCGGCGCCAGCAUCAGAAGCUGCUUCAAGACAAGCCUCAGCCUCUCGCACAGCCCCGACUCCUGUGAACCCGGAUGUUGCGGCGGCAAAGAGAGGAACACCGCCGCCAUCAUACCAAACCCCAGUUUCACGCCUGGGUGUCCCACCACCUGCAGUGACUUCUAGGGCAAUGAAGGAAGCGACCAAGAAGGCUACCACACAGACACGAAGCAUGUUUGAGAGUGGAGGCGGUUCACCAGGAGGAUUCAAUAGUACUGCUUCUAGGACCAACACUCGAGCAACCGAAACAAGGCGAUCUGAGCCAUCCCCAACUCAGAGUGUUCCACCAAGUGCUUCACGACCGGUUACUCGAACCACUAACCAUGGCAGGGGCGAGUCUGGUAGUUACAGCGCGUCCCCUGUGUCACGACAGCCAACUAGAGCCACCGAUAACGGACGCGGCGAGCCUGGAAGCUAUAGCUCAGCAUCCAUGCCUCGACCAGGCACUCGGGGCACUGACAUGGGUAGAGGGGAUACUGGCGGCUAUAGUACACCACCCGUGGCACGUUCGGGAACCAAAGCAAGCGAGAUGCCCCGAUCGGACACUCGCGGAAUCCCUAUUUCGCGACCAGGCACAAGGGGAAGUGACAUGUCUCGUGGCGGAUCUGGUAUUUACGGAUCAUCGCCUGGUUCCCGACCUGGCACCAGGGGCUCUGAUAUGCCCAGAGCAACUUCGCCAGCACCAGCUCGCAGCGUGUCUCCACAGCCACCUAUGAACGACAACAUGAGCUACAGAUCAGUAUCGCCCAACCCUUACGCUGCUAGCCAACGCUCCCCGUCUGUCAUGAGCUCACCACAGAAGCAUGGCUCUGCCCAGGGGUAUUAUCCCCAGUCACCUCAGCAGGCUGCUAGCCGCGGGCCUUCUCCUUCACCUUAUGCCCAGCAGAAUCGCCCCGGAAGCAGCUAUGCAGGUAGCGACAUGGCAAUUCAGCUCGCGCCGGUUGAUGAUCCCUAUGGUUCUCAGAGGAGUCGAGGCAGCCGCCCUGCUUCGAGGGCCAUGAGCUACUAUGACGAUGGUAGUACCCGUCAACGUAGCCAAAGCGUUGCUGAUCCGUCUCGGCUGUAUACGGGAGAUGGCAGAGCAAUUCUGCAUUAUGCACGCGCGUUGUACAUGUAUCAAGCAGCCAUUCCCGAGGAGUUGAGCUUUGGCAAGGGUGACUAUCUUGCGGUCCUCCGUCACCAAGACGAUGGAUGGUGGGAGGCUGAAGUCCACGGCGGAGACGGAAGCGUCGGGCUGGUCCCAAGCAAUUACCUUGCGGCGUGCUAA